AUCUUCCAACUACUGGCUCAAUCGCAUCCAGUCCUUUCUCUACUGCAAUGAAAAUGGCCUCCUGGGAAGUUUUUCUGAAGAGACCCACACGUGCACCUGCCCAAAUGACCAGGUUGCCUGCCACGGGUUCCUUCCCUGCACGGUUGGAGACGGCUCUGCCUGCUUAAGCUGUGCUCCUGACAAUCGCACGCGCUGUGGGAGCUGCAACGCUGGCUACAUGCUGAGCCAGGGGCUUUGCAAGCCUGAAGUGGCAGAAUCGACAGAGCACUACAUUGGGUUUGAGACUGACCUUCAGGACCUGGAAAUGAAGUAUUUAUUGCAGAAGACAGACCGGAGAAUUGAGGUCCAUGCCAUUUUCAUCAGCAAUGACAUGCGCCUCAACAGCUGGUUUGAUCCUUCUUGGCGCAAGCGGAUGCUCCUUACUCUUAAGAGUAACAAGUACAAGUCUAGCCUGGUCCAUAUGAUACUGGGCCUCUCUCUUCAAAUUUGCCUAACUAAAAACAGCACCUUAGAGCCCGUUCUUGCUGUUUACGUCAACCCUUUUGGGGGCAGCCACUCUGAGAGCUGGUUUAUGCCUGUGAAUGAAAAUAAUUUCCCAGACUGGGAGCGGACUAAACUGGACUUACCCCUUCAGUGUUAUAACUGGACACUGACUCUGGGCAACAAGUGGAAGACAUUUUUUGAAACUGUACACAUCUAUUUGAGGAGUCGAAUAAAGUCAAAUGGUCCAAAUGGCAAUGAGAGCAUCUACUAUGAACCUCUGGAAUUUAUUGAUCCCUCAAGAAAUCUGGGCUACAUGAAAAUCAAUAACAUCCAAGUGUUUGGCUACAGCAUGCACUUCGACCCAGAAGCAAUUCGAGACUUGAUUUUGCAGCUGGACUACCCCUAUACUCAGGGAUCACAGGACUCGGCACUUUUGCAGCUGUUAGAGAUAAGGGAUCGUGUAAAUAAACUCUCUCCACCUGGUCAACGUCGUCUAGACCUCUUCUCUUGCUUGCUUCGUCAUAGACUCAAACUGUCUACCAGUGAAGUGGUGAGGAUUCAAUCUGCUUUGCAGGCCUUUAAUGCCAAAUUGCCAAACACAGUGGAUUAUGACACAACCAAAUUAUGUAGUUAACCAUAAACGUGAAGCACAACACAAAACCUUGAAGGAGUUUUUACAGUGCUUUUGUGGAACAGUUUAUGUUUGGAAGAGUAAAUUUAAAUUGUCUUUUCAAUAUCUGUCUUAUAUCAGUCAAUACUGUUGGAUGGCAAUUUACACACAUGAACUUGCUGACAAUGAAUAUAUUAUAACUGCAGUUUUGGUUUAUGAAUGAAAUAAAUACUGACACCAGUCUAGAAGACAUUCUACUUUUUACAAUAAAUUUCAUUUGUAAUUUUAUAUGUUCCGUGGCAAUGCUUUUGUGCAUUACAUCCUCUAGAGGGAACAUAGAAGGAUACCAAUAAAAUUUUGUAGCUGAACAGUUA